CCACCCGAUUCCUCCCAGAAAAAAAAAAUCGUUCGUAACUCAUUUACAUUGGGGAAGAAAAAAAAAAGCAAAGUCAUGGGAUCAGAGAUGAUGACGAAUGAUCUGCUAAUAUCGCAGGUUCCCUUUGAAGAGGAAGCAGAGUUCGUUCUAAUGAACGAGAGGAAACAGGGGAGGAUCGUUGGCCUCGUCUUCGUCGAUGUUGUUAAUGGCUUCUGCACUGUUGGAGCUGGCAAUCUCGCACCGAAUGAGCCUAACAAACAGAUAGACACAAUGGUAGAAGAGGCUGCAAGACUCUCGAAGAUAUUCUGCGAAAACAAAUGGCCUAUAUUUGCUUUACUUGACACUCAUUAUCCUGAUAAGCCUGAACCCCCUUAUCCACCUCAUUGUAUCGUCGGUUCCGGUGAGGAAGACUUUGUUCCAGCUCUUAAGUGGUUGGAAAACGAACAAAAUGUUACAAUAAAGAGAAAAGAUUGCAUCAAUGGGUUCAUUGGUUCAAUGGAGAAGGAUGGCUCUAAUGCUUUUGCCUAUUGGGUGAAAUCAAAUGGGAUCAAUGUUGUUUUGGUUCUUGGUAUAUGCACGGAUAUAUGUGUGCUAGACUUUGUGAGUAGCGCUUUAUCUGCGAGAAAUAUUGGUCUUGUUAGCCCAUUGGAAGAUGUUGUGGUUUAUUCACAGGGAUGUGCUACUUAUGACUUGCCGCUGCAUGUUGCUAGAAAUAUCAAAGGCGCUUUAGCACACCCUCAGGAAGUCCUCCAUCACAUGGGACUGUACUUGGCGAAGGGAAGGGGAGCCAAAAUAGUACAAAAUGUAUCCCUUGGCUCUUCACCGGUGCUUUGAAUUGCCUGUUACGUACAUAUUUGCAUCUUUCCCUGGACGAGAGGGAAAUUGAGCAAGGCAUACAUUCACAAAGUAACAAGAACAAGAACAAGAACAAGAGCACUCUUCAGAACCAUUGAAGAUGCUUUGGCUUGAAGGUCUGAAGCAUCACUCUCAUUGUUGUGCUCAGGAUAGUUAUACCUUCUCAUUUUAUUUACUUCCUCUGAAUGUGAUAGUUCUCUUUUGGCAAAAAGGCCAAUUUAGUCGGUGUAACUAGAUCUCCAUUCUCAAAUUGGUCCCUCAACUUUCUUUUUUUCUUAACAUAGCCCUUGUACCACACCUUAGUUACAAAUUAAGUCAUUUUUUUAACAUCCGUUACAAAAUCGGUAUUAAUUUUUUUAUUUUUGACCAUAUUACCCUUAAUUACAUUACAA